AUGACCACGCCACCGCUGCUCCGCGCCUCGGCCUUGGACAUUUGGUCGCUCGGCGUCGCGAUCGUGAUUGGCGGCCAGUACUUUUCGUGGAACGCGGGCCUGACGGCCGGCGUCGCCAGCAACGCGGUCGCGCUCGCACUCAUGGGCUCGGCAUACGUUUGUCUCGUGCUCAGCAUCGCCGAGAUGACGUCGACGCUGCCCUUUGCCGGCGGUGCGUACGGCCUUAGUCGGUGCUGCCUCGGGUACUAUUCGGGUUUUAUCAUUGGCUGCUGCGAGGUCUUUGAGUACAUUGCGUACGUGAGCAGCAGCGUGCUCACGCUCGGCCGGAUGCUGCAGAUCGUUUUUCCAGAGCUUUCGGACGCGUAUCUGCCGCUCGUGUGGCUAGCGAUCUACGUCGUCGCGGUGACCAUCCACAUCUGCGGCGGGCAACUCUUUUGGCCGCUCGUGCGCGCAAUCGCGUUCCUCUCACUCGGCGUCCUUCUGCUCUACUGUGUCGGGUCGUUUCCGUUCGUUCGCUUCGACGUGUAUGCAGGCAGCGCAAGCAUUGGCGGCGCCUACAACUUCUUUACCACCAUGCCGCUCGCCGCGUGGUUCUUUGUCGGUGUCGAGUCGCUCAACACGCUCGCCAAUACGAUCCAGGACCCCAAGCGCGUGAUUCCCCGCGGCCAAAUCUCCUGCGUCCUCACCUUGUGUUGCACGGGCAUCACCGUCUUCUUUGUUGCUGUGAGCUUGCCCCCCAGCGCCGCAUCCCUUCCCAGCGUCGUUGCUAUCUUCAACCCCGGGUUCACUUUGAUGUUUGGCAUCUCGAAUGCGAUUGCAACACUGUUUUCAAUCCCCGCCACCUUUGCCACCAUCUUUGGCUUCAUCUUGGCAUACGCCAACAUCCUCUCGGCGCUCGCCAACUCGAAGCUGCUGCCCGGUUGGAUCGGCGCUGUGCACCCGAGGUUCCACACCCAAGCCAACGCGUUGAUCGUUGGCUCGGUCCUCGGUUACCUCCUCUGCUUUUGCGUCACGUAUAGCCCGACGCUGGGCACCGAGCUCUUCAACAUUUGCAUGUUUUUCGGCUUCUCGGCCUACCUUGCGCAGUGCGCUGGAUACCUCUACCUCAAGCGCGAGUUUAAGCAUUUACCACGGCAGUUCAAGAGCCCACUUGGCAAGCUUGGGGUCUACUACGCAGCGGUCGUGUGGAGUAUGAAUUGGCUCUCGAUCGUGUGCUGUCAAGGCAACACGGCGUACCUCCUCUCGUGCAUAAGCGUCAUUCUGGUGGCGUUGACAGUCUACUACUAUGCGUACGCCAAGAGCCGGCAGUCCAUCUCGGACGACGAGCGCAAGAUACUUCUCUUUGUUCACGUGGCCAAAAACAAUAGCAACAAGAGCAAGCGCUCCCGUGCGCGGGCGUCGCGCUGGGGCCGUCUCAAGGGCCGGCUCGAGAGCCUUAUGAGUAAAGCGCGGCGGUCGCACGCGAGCUCCCGCAAUAGCGUCACGACCCUCGGCACCUCGUCGCGCGACUCGGUGCGUGCGCCGCAUUUCUUCUCGUGGCUCGCGCCAGCGAAAACGGCGCCGGCACCAAUGGGGCCACCAGGUGCUACGACGGUCGUCGCCAAGCUUGACGGUACUACGAUCAAGCCCCACACGGUCGCGCCCACGGUGCACGAACUGCAGCCAAUUCGGCCCGCUGAACCGGCCAUGCACGUCGAAGACGUCCACUAAGCGGCCAAAUACCUAUCCUGCACAUGC